AAUUAAAAUUAAACAGAAAAAAAAAAAAAAGAAAAGAAAAGAAAGAAAUUUUAUUAAAUAAUAAAUUUGGUGGAUAAGAUUGUAGGUGAUUGUACUAGACUGUAAGAGUAAUGUACCAUAAUUUACCGUGAAAGACUUUGUUGUGUACCGUGACACUAAAGAUACCGAUGCUCGUUUACUUGAUAUUCAUCUUAAACAAAUCUUUACAUUUUUAUUAAGUAUUAAUUUAUUUCAUUAUUAAUGAUAUUUAAUCUUUAUGACGUAAAUUUGUUAACAAUAAAAUAAAUAAAAGUGAAUAAUGAUAACUAUUUAUUUGAUUUUAUUAAUAGCCACUGGGUUAUUUAGACUUUUAGCAAACGUCAUAAGAAUAAAAAAAAAAAAUUAAAAAAAAAGAAUAGAAAAAACUGAAACAAUAUUUAUUCAGUGGCAUUUAAAUGAUACGUGACAAAUAUCAAAAAAAAAUUCUUAUAGUUGUAGAAAAAUUCGUUAUUAAACAAGUGUUUCAUAUAUAAUAGAAUUCAGUAUAUUAUUGAUGAUGAUAAUGACAAAAACGCGUUAGUACUUACGAUUAAUUUUAAAAUAUUAAAAUUAUCAUUGAGAAACUUUUCAUAGAUAAUAGUAUCACAUAUUUUAAUAUAAUUAUUACGAUAUCGUUUCAUUAUUAUUAGAUCAUUUUUUUUUUUAUUCUUUUAUUCUUCUCUUCUAUUCAAGUAUUUAUUCAUGACAAUUAUUUCUUAAUUAAUAAUUAAAUAAAUAAACGAUAAUUAUUUAAAUAAAGUGGUAAAAAAUGUCAAGUGUUAUAAGUUAUUUAAUAUUUUUAAUAGUUAUUAAAGAAAGUUAUUCACAAUUACGAAACAAUUUAGUGCAUAUUCAGGCAAAGGAUCCAGAUAUGCAUCGAAAAGAUGUUACAUUCGGAGGAUUCACAUUUUUACGAGGUCAAUUAUUUGAUGAGCAGUAUUUAAAUAAUAAAGGAGUGUGUACUGGAAGAUGUUCAGAUUAUGAAAAUACGUAUUAUCAUCAUAAUGAUAGAUAUAAUAAAUCAAUAACUCAAAAAUUAUUCAAAUGUGCUGGGCGUGUUGUUAAAUGUAGAAAUGUUAACAAUUUUGAUGUUUCUGUUGUUGUGUAUGCUGAUAAUAAUAUGUAUAGAUAUAAAAUUAAUAAAGAAAGAAGUGAUUAUCAAAUACGAAAAGCUGAAAAUUAUCAUGACCAUUAUAAUUCUCACAAGCAUCAUGAUUUAUAUACAAGUUAUGAUGUUAAAUCUGAUUAUAAUAAUUGUGCAACAUGUAAAUGUUAUUGCGAUGAUACUAAUAAUAAAAAAUUAGUACGUUCUUUUUGUUUGGACGCCGUUAAAUCUCGAACUGAAGACGGAUUUGUGAUAACAGGAUUGCGAUUUAGAAUAAGAGCUAGAGUUGUACAUUUAGAAAUACAAGAGGGUAAAUUGGUCAAUGGAGUUGUUGAUAGAGAUACUGUUCAUUGGUUUGCUAAAAAUUGGUGCACAAUUACUGGAGCAAUGAAUUAUGACAAUCGUUCUCUUCAAUUGGAUGAAAUUAUUUUACCAGACAAUCAAGUUUUAACAGGUAUUAUGAUAAAUAGAUACGAUCCUAAAACGAAAAUUCAUGGAUAUAGAUUUGGAAGAUUUUCAUUAGGAGUUACUGCAACAGUUUUAAAUAAUAGAGGAAAUCUUGAGGUCAACAACUGGUAUACAUAUCACAGAAUACAAGGACCACGAAAAGCUUUAUUAAUAUCUGAUUCAAAUAUUUCUUUAAUAUCACCUUCCGGCAGUGAUGAACUAAGUACACCAAAUAGACAUUACAUUAAAUUUCAUCCGAGCGAUUGGAAGUACGAUUUCGCCCAACAUGUUAUACCAUUUUUGGAUUUACAAGAUGUCGUUACUGAGCCACCAUCCCCAAUAUCUGGCGCUGGAAUUUAUUAUAAAAGCAAAAGGGGUUACGGUGGUUUUAUAGCGCCUAAAAUAAUUGUUAAAUCAAAUCAUCUAUAUAACUAAAAAAAAUAAUAAUAAUUAAAUUUAUUGUAAUUACUUAAAUUAAUUAGAUUCAUCAAAUUUGCGAUUAUAAUAAUAAAAAUAAAUUGUCACUAAUAUGUAUAUUUACUUGUAAUGUUU